AUGCGCCCCCCGACCAACUACGCCGCCUUCGUCACCGGCGUCCUUGGCGACAUGACCCACCAGUCCGCCGCCGUCGACCAGCGCGUCCUCUGCCACUGCCUCGAGCUCGCCUCCUCCUACCUCGUCACCGACGCCACCAUGAACUCCGCCAACGGCAUCUCCACAUGGAUCACUGGUUUCAGCCGCCUUGUCAGCGUCCUCGAAGCCCUCCACGCCCGCGGCGAGCUCGAGCUCGACACGGUCAACGCCGCCUCCAAGGCCUGCUCCGAGUGCUGGACCGUCGCCGGCAGCUGGAGAGAUCUGCACGACUCGCGCGAGGGCGUGCGGGGCGUCGCGGGCCGCCUCAAAAGACUGCUCGACGAAAAUGGACGGACAUUUCAGGGCGCGAGAGUCUAUGUCCCAUAACCGCAGCAGCAGGCGCCGGUGCAGUAGAGGGACGCUUCAUCGGAGUGCCUUGACGAGAGAGAGGAGUGAUCUGCCGCGUGAUAUGUUCUGUAUUUUUUGACCGCUCUGUGUGUUUGCGCAUAUCCUGUGUAUGUCUAGCUGUAGUGGAAGCUCUUGGUCUUGUC